AUGAGGAAUUGCCUUUUUCUCUUCGCCUAUGUUAAUUUGUUGGGAAACGGAAGAGCAGAUACAGUCAGAUUUACAGUUGAACCCGCCAGCGUCGUUACUGGACCGGAAGAGCCAGCGCCGCUGGUUUGUGCUGUCAAAGGAAGAAAUUACAGGAUCAGCUGGAAGGAUCAUAAAGGAAAACCCCUGGAAGAUUCUCGAUACAAGAAAGUAACGACACAAGCAAAUUGGCAAUACGAUGAUGUUGUUGGGUCAAAUAUAUUCGUCACGAUUUGGAGCAAGCAGAAGACAAAGUUUACAUGCGUCGUUUCGGACAUUGCGUCAGGUUCUGUUGUAGCGACGCGGGACGCAUUCUUGAGCCGCGACAGGAGUUUGAAAAUGGAAGAUGGCAGCAGUAAGCAAGAAAAGGGAUACGUCGGUGACCCUAUUUUAAUGGACUGUGGCCUCGAGAGAGCAACGCCGAAGGAAGUCUACUGGUUCAAGAGCAAGGACAGCACGGAAGUAGGCAGCUACGUCUACACUCCCGGGGAAGAAAGUGCUCGCAACAAACUCACCGUAUUUCCGGCGAGCAAGGACGACACAGCGCACUACAUGUGCUACUAUUUGAAUGAAAACGGCGAGCUACAAAAAGGAACUCGAGUUUGGCUGGGUGCCCUUCGUGAACGAGCAUCUUCUCCAAAAAUAGUUCCAACGAGGGCUUACUCGCCGCCGAUUCGCACUAUUUGGCAUAAAACCACCACCACAACAACGAUUCCUACCAGCACCAGUCAGACGACAACCCAAAACUCAAUUUCCCGUUUUCUUCUAGUUGAGAUAACGUCCACCUUCAUCGACGUCUACGAGACAGUCGACAAAAAGAGGCAACUAAUCUGCGAAGCAACCGGCCACCCCCGGCCAACCGUUUUCUGGACUCGCCUCGAUCCCUCGAAAAAGCUGGGAACUCAAUCUUAUCACGAGAAAGAUGAAUUGAAUGUUGUGCGCUCGACGUUGCAAAUUGGCGCUUUAUCGCGCGCUGAAAACUUCACAUGCGUAGCUAGGCAGCACCAGUUCUCGAAGGAAGUGACACAAGAUCUCUUUGUGCAGCCAGAGACGCUUGCUGCUCCGAUCAUCAAGAACUCGCCGGUGUUGGACGAAACUGGCAAAUUCGUGCGAAUCGAGUGGGAACCCGUCCCAUCUGUUCAGCGCUAUAUUCUUUACGUCACUAUUAAUAAUACAGAACCCGCUCAACCUUAUCCGAUCCAGAAAGAAAAAGACUUCUACGAGUUUGAAGUAAAACCAUUCACCGAGUAUUCGGCCUAUUUGACGGCUGAGGAUUUCUAUGAUCGGAAGUCAUUUGGAUCAACGACUUUUGAAUUCGCGGGGCCACGUCGCCCCGGCGAUCCGACAAACCUCUCUGUUGUGCUGACCGACGGAGCAACAAGCGCGAGGUUGAGUUGGACGCCUGUUAAUGUACCAGGCGUCUUAUACGACAUCUAUUUUACGAAAGGCGUUCCACCAUCCGAUUUAUUUCACUGGAGACUUGUUAGUGAUGUGAGUGAGUCUUUCUACGAGUUUGCUACCGAGUUGCAGCUUCGGCCAGGGGACAAAUACUUAUUUCUAGUCAAGUCCAAGUCUAAAUACGGUUUCCAAAGCAAGGGAAGCAAACUCGCGACAUUGACAAUGCCCCUGCUCGAGAAACUCCCUUUGCCAACUGUCGAGGAGCUGCCCGCCGCACCGCUCAGCAGAAACGUCUCUUGGCGAUUGACGGAGUCUGGAACGCCAAGUCCAGACGCUUUUCAAAUCCGGCUCUCUUCGGCCGACCAGUUUGAAAUUUUCAAUUCAACGAAGCAGUUCUUGAUUUUGGAAGAUUUGAAAUUUGGCGAAUAUGUUGUAGAAGUUCGCGCUAUUUCGCCCAGUCACGUGGGCCCUUGGUCAGAAGGAGCGCACUUUGCUCUGUUGGACUUGGUCCCAGUUGAAAAAAUCGCUGAUCUGAUUCUUCGCCCCUCCAUUACCGAUCUAUACGUCCAGUGGGAUUGGCCUGGCGACGAAAAAACUCUUUCUAACUUCGUGGUCUCUAUCUCAGAAAAGAUCUCUGGUGUUCCCUUUGCCAAAAAUCCGGCAAAAUUCAACGACGACCUUGAAGAGCAUCGAUUUAACGCCAGAAAACGUGAUUCCUCUGCAAGGAGAAUCAUCGUUGACGCUCCUUUGGAAGUUGCCAUCGAAAAAGUGAAGGAACUGGCGGGAAUCAAAAUUCGUUCAAAACGACCGAAUGAAAAAUGGACUGAAACGGAAGUUUUUGACUCGAAGACGGUGUCCAAGAAGUUGAGUCUUGAUCCAGACGCGGACUAUCUCGCCCAGGUCGGCGCGGUCUUAUCAUCUGGCGACGUUCAAUGGUCAACAGUUAUUGAAGCCCGGACUGGGCCGACCAACAGUCCCAGCUUAUCACAACCCGUUGACAUCAGUGGCAAGGCAGUGACGGUCUUUUUCUCGCCGCCAAAGCGUCUAGAAAAUCCUGACGAUUACGAAGUCAAGAUUUUCAGAGUUAAAAAGAACGCUCCUACAAGUUUCGAGGAUCACUCUUUUACAAUCUCUGGCGAUCGAGCGCAGUUCAGAUUUGACAAGCUUGCAUGGGGCUACGAGUAUCAGUUCCGUCUUGUGGCAAUAAGAGGAAGUCACAAAAGCAACCCGUUGACGGUUAUCGUUGCUAUUGAAACGAUAGCGCCUAUGAUCCCGCCGCCCGGGGUUCAAGUCUUCUCAUCGGAAGAAAGGAUCACCGUCACUUGGGGACCGUUGCCUUCAGAACGCAGUGGCGGCCACGUGACCAACUACAAUAUUCGCUGGAGGCUGGCGACUCCAAAAAGAAACAGACGAAUGGACCCUAAAGACUGGCCGCUAGAAGCUGGCUUUGCAGAGCGAUCAGUUCAUUCACCUCGAUUCAACUUGACUCUGGACAAUCGAGCGGAUGCGUCAGAAUAUUGUGGAGAACGGUUUGAGUUUUCAGUCUCUGCAAUCAACAAGGAGGGCUCGGGGCCUUAUUCUCAGCCAAUUGUUGGAUUCUGUGGUUUGACACGAGUCAUUGCUCAGAACCUGCGCGUAGUAGAAGUGGGAACUAACUGGGCACAGGUGAUUUGGGACAGGCCCCAGUACCACAAGCAUGUGCAAAAGUUCCUCGUCUAUUACUCGAUAAAUGAUGAACAGCCUGAACAAGAUACGCUUGAGCAGGACGCGCUUUCCUUCAAAAUUCAAAAAUUAGCAGCUGGAGUACAUGUUAGAUUCUGGAUCGUCUCAAUAACCAUGACUGGCAGUGACCAAACCUCACAAGUAGUCGAAUUCACAACGACCCCAACGCUAGGCGACGUGAUCCGCGUUGACAGCAUCAAUCCUGGCGGCGUGGUCAACAUUACCCUCCCCUUUGCGUCUUUUGGAAGUGGCGUCAGUCCUACUCGCGUUUCCAUAAUCGUUACUAAACGCGGCGACACGCGGCCAGAUGAUUUGACGCAAGAAAUAUUUUCAUCGACGGGCGAAGAAGAAAAUGAACCGUUCGCUUGGAUAGUCGCGCAGUGGAGAUAUGAAGAGUUCAUGAACCAUUUCGCUGGGAAACCUUUUGUCAUCGGCGGCGGCGGCCAAACGCAAGGAAUUGAAAACAAAAAUCUACCUCCAGGUGUCUUUUACGCAUUCGUUAGACUUCACUUUCGAAACGCAGUGAACAACUGGAAACACUCCUCGACGCGCCUUUCUCAGCCCAUUCAUGUCAUCGCGGAAGCUGGCAGCUUGAUCAGCACCACCACUGAGCUUGGCACAAUAAUCAUCGCUGCAAUGACACUCGCUUUCGUUUUCAUUUCGGCAAUCGUCUUCUUCGUUAUUAAAAGACGGAUGAGUGGGGAUAAGCCGUAUCUUAGUGGUAUCAAACGAUCAGAUGAGUACCGUGCAUCAGAACACGUCAGUCCUGUCAAGGCUCCCUCUAAUCACUCCCUGAGCAAGCAAGCGACCGAGUUGAGCUCAAAACUCGACGCAUUGAAGGCGAACGGCGGACUGAAGCUGCACGACGAGUGGCAUCUAAUCCAGGCGUCAGAAGAAAUGCCAGCACAUGCGCAGCAAAAAGCUCUGGACAAGUGCCGAUACGGCAAUUCAAAUUGCCCCGAUCACUCCCGCGUCCAACUCAAGAGCGGCGAGUUCAUCCAUGCCAACUGGAUAGAAAUUGACCCAAGUGAAAAAGCGAUUGCAACUCAAGGCCCACUAGAGAACACAAUAGCAGAUUUUUGGCAAAUGACAUGGGAGAACAACGUUUCCUGUAUUGUGAUGCUUUGCGAGCUGGAAGAGCGCGGCAGGAGCAAAUGCGUUCAGUACUGGCCAGAGAAAGACAUGGGCGAUGCGCAUUACGGCUCAAUAACUAUUUCGUUGCUUGAAGAGUCUCAUCUCGCGUUCUGGUCGAUCUCGCGGCUCAAUUUAGCAAAUGGAAGUCAAACGCGCGAAGUAAACCAGAUUCGCUUCCACGGCUGGCCAGAUUGCGGAGUGCCCGAAUUUCCAGCGCAAUUUUUGGCUCUGCUUGAAAGGAUUCCAGGCGAAGAUGUGCGAAAAGGGCCAAUCAUUGCGCACUGUUCAGCUGGGCUAGGAAGAACGGGAUGUCUACUUCUCGCCUUGGCGAUGCUAAAGAGGGCGAAUAAGAGUAUGAGCAUUGAGCCUGUUGAAUUGCUGAAGAGCAUGCGCGUCGCGAGACCUGGUUUAAUACAAAGUGAAGAACAAUACGUUUUUGUCGUCGAAUCCGUUGUUGAAGCCCUUAGUUCUUGCAACUUGGAAUUCGGGACUCAAAUCCAAGCGCGCGAAAUUCCAAAAACAAUUGAGCGACUGAGCAAUGUCGAUGCUGCUGGCGCGACUGGAUUCGAUCAAGAGUUCAAACGACUUCAGCUCAUGCCGAAAGGGCGCGUUCACGCACAAGCGGCGAGCUUGGCUUGCAACAAGAAAAAGAACAGACUGGUGAAUGUUCUCCCUUACGAUAGCUCGAGAGUCUACCUUCGUCCUAUCCGUGGCAUUGAAGGCAGCGACUAUAUCAACGCUUCUUUCAUUGAUGGCUAUAAGGAAAAAGGCGCGUACAUCGCCACCCAAGCCCCAAUGUCAAACACAAGCGAUGAUUUUUGGCGGAUGAUCUGGGAGAACAACGUAACCAUGAUAGUAAUGCUUACACAACUCAACGAACUUGGCCGCGAAAAGUGCACAAAGUACUGGCCGGAAGGCAAAAAAGCCCGGUAUACAUAUUACAUCGUCGAAUUUACCAGCGAAUUCUGUUGCGAAGGAUUUGUCAUGCGGGAAUUUCUGAUGACAGAUGCGCGCGACGGAACCUCCCGAACAAUUCGCCAGUUUCACUUUGUCAGUUGGCCAGAAGGCGCGGAAGUGCCCUCUCAUGCUGAUAACUUUAUUGAUCUCAUCGGACAAGUUCACAAGACGCGAGAGCAAUUUGGAGUUGUUGGGCCCAUUUGUGUCCAUUGCUCGGCGGGAGUCGGGAGAACAGGCGUUUUUAUCGGCCUCACUGUGAUUCUAGAGCGUCUUCGAUGUGAAGGAGAGGUUGACAUCUUCCAAACAGUGAAGCUGAUGCGUUGCCGGCGACCGGGAAUGAUACAGACGGCGGAGCAAUACCAGUUUAUUUACCGCGCCACACUUGAAUACCUCCAAAACUUUUACCUCGGCGGCCCUUGA